GUUGAAACUUCGCAGCAAUAUCAGAGCGUCAUCUGAGCUCGAUAUGGAAUCUGCUGAAGCUGAUGCCAGUUGCUUAAUUUUUCAGCCAAAGAUGGAAGCCACGAAAUCCACGAACACAUCCCACGAGAGUGAUCAGAGCCCAGGCUCGAAUUCCUUUGACCAGUCGCCAUUUCGGGAUCUUAUCGGACCUCACGACCAACCCAACAAAGAAAGCAUCAGAAUGAUCAUGGAUGAUGACUUGAUUAAAUUCUGGGGCUGCAUCUCAACAACCGACAACUUUGCUCCAGUUGUUCCUGAAGGCGAGAGAUGGCGAGCAAUACCGGAAAAUGGCAUCAUCUUACCUUCAGACUUUCUGCACGUUGACCGUCACCGCUCCAAUCCAGAUAUUUGCCUCGAAGGAACACAGACUCAUCACCUCAGACAUUGCUUCUGUGCUGUUUCAAAAGGAGGCCAUCAUGGUUAUUGGGCCCUCCCUGACGGAAUUCCACCUCAGGCACAGCAAUUGCUGCAAGAGGAUGCGGACUUUUCCAGAGAGGACAAGCAAUAUGAUGCCUUCGGAAACACAAUCCUGCAUUUCGUGGCAGCUCGGGCACAACCUGUGGUUUUGUUUAGUGCAUUGGCAGUUUUCGGAGCGGUGACAGACCUGAACACCGGAGGCCAGACGUUCAUGCACUGUCUAGGGCCACAGUGGUUCAAUUUGGGCAGUUUGGAACCACUAAGACUUCUCCUCAAGUAUCUAAAGUCCAUUGACUUUGACUUGGAUGGCCGGGACAUAUACGGCCAGUCUAUUUCCCACAUUCUUGCUCGUCGCACCCCCGAUCCAGCUGCUAUGAAGGAUACCAUGGCAUGUUAUUACCCUAAAGGAUAUUUCCCCGAACGGGAUGCAUUUGGAUACCUACCAUCAAUGGCGCUCGAACCAGCACUGCGGCUACGUGGACAAAGUGCCUGGGGUCAGGAGAAUGACCGGGCCAGCUCUCUACAAUCUGGCCCAAACGAUUCAUUAAUUCCAAUAGACAUGGAAUGUGACAGAAAUGUCUCCAACAGCUUGAAUCAACCUACCGAUUACUUAUUUAUAGAUCACGGGCAGCUUUUGGCAAUCAUCAGAGAAGCCUAUGCCGACCCCAAAAUUGAAGACUCCAACGGAGGAAAUGCGCUCCACUGUCUCGCUGCGGUGGCGCUUUCCACGGGGAGUGUGGAAGCGACUCGUGAAGAUCCGAAGCACACCAAAAGCAUCCCCGGUCGAAACCGACAAACAAACGCGGAUCCAAAGCGGGAAUCCCAGUUGCGCCUUGAAAUAUUAGAGGGGCUUCUCCUCGCAGGAGUUGAUGUCAAUGCAUACAAUGCUUCGGGGAAUAAUGUUUUGAUGGAAUUCGUUAUCCACCUCCCAGAUUGCAAUGCGUAUAAAACAAUCCCCGAUAUCUUGGAGAAACUAAUAGAUCAUGGUGCAAGCGUCAACGCUCGAAAUAGACAGGGCGAUACAGCCUUGCACCUCGCAGUGCGCCACGGUCACAAGGUGGCUAUGAGGACACUCGUACAACGUGGUGCAGCGGUUCAUGCUAGGAACCGUAACGGUCAGAGUCCAUUGCAACUCCUAGCAGAGUUGAUAAGUACAGCCAGCGAUGACAUACGGGCAUACUCAAACCUUGAGGCAUGCUAUGCGUGGCUAUCGCGUGACACGGUUGGAGCUGUGCUUGAGCCAUCGUUCACGGAUCAGUGGAGCACACCGGAAAUGUUGAUCAAGGACAGGGCACUGCCGGUGAACACACCGGAAUGUAAAGCCUUGAUAGAAUCUGAACUAUUCAGACUUGGGUUCUGUGAAGAGCCAAACGGGGUCCGAAUCAAACGCGAGCAGAUGGACACUUCAGAGUGGUCACAGUGCACAGACAACGACAAGAGAGGGACUCCAAGCGACGUUUCCACGUGGAGUGCGAUAAAAAACCCACUGAAACCGGAGCCAAGCGAAAGUGUAGCAUCAACCAGCACACGUUUUCGAGAUCGGCACACAUUGGUGGACGAUAUGUGCGAUAGCAUUCUUUCAAAUGCCUUCUCAGUCACAAUCGAAGAGAUCUCCAACCCAGCCGAUGUAUGGCAGAGCGUCCAGACCUGCUUAAGCGAGAUAUCAGCCAUCGUGGGUCUCGAUUAUGAGAUGACCCAAUUGCGAGACAACCAGAAGAGUCCCGUUUCACUUUCGGGCGAUUCGCUGUCUUCUGAUAAUUCCGGGAACAAAUCGACCGAGACAACUACGAGCAAGCCUUCUUCGAAAUCCUUAGGGAAAAGAAAGGCUCGGGACUCUGGCGAUGGCGACGACGGUUCAGAGGAGCGAAAUUCUGAUGGGAGAAAUAACCCCGACUCGAAUCCAUCACCUCCGGAACGGAAGAAAUUAAAGGAAUGUGUGCGCUUCAGUUGUCCAUAUAGGAAGCGCAAUCCACUAAGGUUCCAUGUUCGCGAUUAUCUCAACUGUGCCACACAGUCAUUUUCAUCGAUGACACUCUUGAAGCGUCACGUUACGACGUUUCACAAACGAAAAACUCUGCCAACCUAUACUUGUACCAGGUGCCAGAUGACAUUCACCACGGAGCAAGCUCGUGAUGGCCACUUACGCGUUCCUCUGGAUCAAAUUUGCGCAAUCCAAGACAAAUUAGAGGGAUUCGGUUCUCAAGAAGACCCCGAAAACGGCAUUACUCCUGACAUUGACGAUAUUCUAAGGGACAGGCGGGGACGUGUUCAAGUUUUGAACUGGAGCGUGCUUUGGCGCACUCUCUUUCCUGGUGACGAUACUGUCCCACCAGCAGAAUAUGAACCUGUGAUUGAUAUGUAUGAAGUAGAGCAUGUUUUCAACCAGAACGCGGAUAAGGGCAGUGUAUUUGUUGCGAAGCAAAUGAAGACAAUCCAGUGGCACACCGAGCCAGCGACGAACGAGAGCCCAGCCAGCAAGAUUUGGGACGUUUUUCAGUCUCUCAUUCAGCUCAAUUUUCAAGACUCCAAGGACAAAGUAUUCGGCUCAUACACCACGGUAGCACGUCGAAAACCGCGGAAAAAGCCAGGGCAAUGCGAUGCAAUACCCACGCCAUCGACCAGCAUAGGCUCGACGCCGAGACCACUCCUACCAACUCCUCGGGCAAACACUCAAGGAGGGUCGUCAUUUUACGGAGCCAGUCUGAACGCCCAACACGUCGAUCAUGUUAGUGGCAAUGGUCCCUCUUUUUUGAUGGACGAAGCCGGCUUGGAUCAAGAUGCCUCGACCCAAGAAACGGUAGUUCACAUGGCCGAGCAGGGUCAGAGUGCAUGGCCCUUGAGUGAGGAGGCUAUUGAGAGUGACCAGGGAGUUGCUGCAUUGUGGCACUCUCAAAUAACUCAGGAUGGUGCAAGCGACUGUGGACUGGCGGAGGCAUUGGGAACUGACUGGUGUUUUACAUGUCAAUGUUCCACUCCAUGCUGUUGUAAAGGAGAUCCGAUGUUUUCGUAGGUCAUCUACGAAUGGCUCUUCUGAGCCAGUAUUUAAUGACUGGAGGCUUCUUGACCACUCAUUGCUCUCAUCUUUUGUGUUAUUUCUGUCCAUGACUUGUCAAAAUAUUAUAGUGGCGGCGCUGGGGAAUUUUUAUUGUUUUCAAGGAGGGCGUUUGGGGAGGAUUCCUUGGACACGCUGGAACAGGGUUACAGCGGAAUUGGAGGAAGCCCAAGAGUGGUGAGUCGCUAAGGCACUCGUUGGCAGGGAAGCCAUGGUAUUAUCAUGGCUAAAUUCUGCUGUGAUCCAGACCAAUAGACUAGAGGAACUCUUAAGUGGCUUGAUGGGCUGGAAAGUCGAUGUUGAGCAAGUGAAGUGACUUGCGACUCGAAGUGCGGUGGGGCGUAUCAGGCCAUUAUUUGAAACAAGGUGGGGAAGGUAUAUUGACA